GCACGGAAUUGAUCUCGACAACCCCGGACCAGCCGGUUCGACAAGUUCACUAUUGGCCGCUGCCGCUCAGCAGGGCUACACGCUUGACGGAAACACUUUGAGUUCGCUUGGAAAUCUGUCCAGUGGAUUGUCCGUGAGUGUUGCUGCUAACUACAGCGAUUCCGGAGACUCCACCGGUGCCAGAUCAACGGAUAACGCUACACCUCCAAUGCAUUUCCUUACUCCUCAUGUAGAAAUUUCGAUGGCCGAUGCACCUGCGCCUGUAUUUUCGCCAUCUUUGUGUGAUCAACAAAGAACGAAUGCAGAACCAGGUCAAAGUAGUCAUUCCACGCAAAGAAUGAAUGGCGAAUGUCCUAGCUCACCUCAGUCGGCCGACUCAAAUUCCAAUGCUCCGUCCAGUAGCCAUAUUCAACCGAGCUCUCUGCGGCUUGACCAAGAAACAAGUAUUACUCCAUCAAUAUCGUUAAUUCCAAUUAAACAAGAACCAAACGAAGAAAGCUACGGAAAUAAGCGAAAUGGUACACAAACUGGAAAUGUACAGAUGCAAACGGCAACUUCAAGCAGUCUAAGCUCGCUGAUCAAAGUGUCUCCACUCAAGAGUCUACUGAGAGAAGAUUUAAAGCGCAAAAUUGUUAACCGCAAUUACGUAUCGGGAAGAGGUCGUGCCACUGCUUCUCCCACCUCUCAUCCGGAGAGUUCUCCAAGUGAUCCGGCGACAACAACCAAUGGAACGAUAACAUCAACAGGUCUGGAUCAACCUUCUGAUUCGUCUGUUUGGCGGUUGGGUGGUAAACGUUUGUUAUCAAAUUUACAAUGUAUUUAUUGUGGUAUCGGAUUUCCCGAUCAAACCUUGUAUUUUUUACAUAAAGGUUGUCAUUCGGACGCGAAUCCGUGGAAGUGUAAUAUAUGUGGGGAGCAAUGUUGUAAUGUCUAUGAAUUUAAUUCACAUUUACUAAGUAAGAGUCAUCAGUGACAAUGUUUUUUUUAAGGAAAAGUACAAACUCCAAAGUUUCAUUAAAAAAAGGUAUACUUCAUGGUUGUGAAUAACAAUUAGAAAAUGCUGUUUUAUACAAGAGUAGUUCAUUAACCUUGUUGAUAUUACGCAAUAUUUGCUCAGUGUAGCUACCAAGCAUCUAAAAAGUGAAAAAUUGCUCAGAGUUGCCACAAGUGUUACACUUAUUUAGUAUAGAUAUAAUUAUUGGGAACACUUGCAAACAUUUGUCGUCGCUGCAGUAAAACAAUCUUCACAAACACCACAAACAAAA